GACUGAAGCCAACACAGUGUAGGCUUACCUCCCUUGCUUUACAAGAAAAUCAUGGAAUUAGAGAUUUGAAUCAUGGGAUAUUGUGGGCGGGGACUGGAGAUGGCAGAAUAAUACUGAUGGAUGGUAAAUCGGGGAAAUCCAUCACCUCUUGUCAUAGGUACCGCGGCCCUGUACGUGCACUGAAAUCCUACAUGUUCAAAAGUAACAAGCCUGACAAGGAGAGAUUUUCUGGUGUUCUCAGUGGGGGCUUUGGUUUUAAUGACAACUCGGGGGAUAAAACAACUAAUGACAGAGAUGAUGAAUGUGGGUGUGUACUUUUAUGGGACAGGGAGUUUGGGAGAAUUGCUAAAGAUUUGGAGUUUGACACCAAAAGGCGGGCUUUGUUUGUAAGGGGCUGGCAGGAGGGGAAGUGGAAAUCAGGGGUCACCUUUAGUUAA